CAGUCAGAGCGGUGCUGUUUGGCUCUGUAACUCAGCGGCACACCGACCUGUCUGAGUGAAUGAAAACCGAAACUGCCAUCGCGUCACUUUGGGAGGAGAUGUGAGGACUGCCGGGUAGAGCCUCCGCACAUAAAUGCACAACCGCUACACUCACAUCAGUUCGCCUACUACUCACAGAGGAACAAACUUCAGCCGCCCAGUGACGAGAACUUUCCAAACACAACAUCCUCAUCAACUGGACUCAAAACAUUAAGAAGUUUUACCUUUAUUAUUGGAAGUUCCAAAUAGACAUUAUUUGGGCUUAAACCAGCCCACUGACAGAGAUCCAUCCCCACUGGCUGUUUUUGGAAGUGCCAUGCAGUCCCUGAAGAAGUACUUCAGUGAAGGCCUAAUUCAGGUGGCCAUACUGCUCAGUCUAGCAGGGAUAAGGGUGGAUGUGGACCCUUAUCUCCCUCCUCUCUCUGAGAUCAUCCAAGGCCAAAGCUCAGCUCUAACCCAAACCCAGUUCCACAACCUCUGGAACUCGCUGGAUGGGCACAGUCUCCACCCGAAGAGCUUGGACCUGGACAGGUUCUUCACAACCCGCAGGCUGCUGCGCUGGGUGCGCUCGCUGGACCACCUGCAGGUUCCAGUAGCGCAGCUUGAAACCUGGCUGGUCCACAGGGAGUCUGACAACAGUGUGACAGCGAUGCAGGGCCAGGCUGGAGCACUGGAGGGGGCUGAUGGGCUGGUGGACAUCGAGGACUCAGCCAGCUUGACCAUGAGGAUGGGAGGUGGAGGGAUGUCAGAGUUGGGGUACAACCCAGUCGGGGAGGAGAACCUGGAGGAUCUGUCUCGGCUCUCAAGAAGCCAGAUGGAUAAUGAAGACAUUAAAGAGGAAACAGAUGAAAUGCCCCUGUGGCAACAAGAACCUAACCAUAAUGUCCAUCAGCAGCAACUGCCUCAAGAACAAAACCAACACUUUGGUCAGUUUAAUGAAGACGAGGAUGAAUUCAUGGUGGAUAGCUGGAGGAAUGCAAAUCCAUUUCAUAACCCCAUGGGCAACAUCCUGGGGGAAGAUGUCCAGUUUGCAGGUUUAGAAGAAGAUACCUCAUUCUCUAUCGAGGAGUGUUUGCAACUAUUGGAGUCAAAUUUGCCCCUAAGAGAGCAGCAACAUUUGGGAGAUGCUGAUGUAAAGAGAGUGGAGGAAGACCCACUGCAAUACCAAAGGCCUCUUCUCUCCCCACUGCUCCCUCAAGAUGAGCCCUUGCUGGACCUAGAACAACAGUGGCAAGAUGUUUUGGCUAUUAUGGAUCCAGAGGACAUGGAUGUGGAUGAUUCUCAUUUCACUGUUGGAGGAAGAGCAAGUGAAACAGGACAUAUGGACAAUCCUAUCCACCAGGAUACUAGCCGUCACCAAACAGACUUGCUAAGAUGCAGCCAGAUCUCAUCUGCAAGCAGAGACAUCAGCAAAGAAGACAGCCAUCAAUCCAACCAUAACCAGAACAUUUCAAAUGCCUCUUCCAACAUAGAUUUUCAUUUGAAUGACUCUGACAUCAUAGAUUUCCUUCUCUCUUCUGCAACAGAUAGCUCUGCUAACAACAGUCAGAAUUCAAAUGGAUCCUCUAUGGAGGAACAGGACCUGCCAAGUCUUUUUGGUCCUCACCUGGAAGAAGACAUGUUUGAAGAGAUCAGUUUGCUGGAUCUAGCUCUGGAGAAUGAAUUUAGCCAGUCACAGGUUUCCCAGAAUGUAGAACAGGACCAUACAGACUCUGACUCUGGACUAUCUCUGGACUUCAGCCAAAGUCCUUCUUCCCCAUGUAGAUCUGAAUCUUCAUGUUCCUCUUCAUCAUCCUCUUGUUCUUCAUCAUCCAUGUCAUCCACAGAGUCAGCUCCAGAGGAGGGGGCUAUAGGAUACACCCCCAUCAAAGAGGAACUCACUGAUGAAGAAGAUGAAGGAGCUGUUGGUGGUUACAACCCAGAGCAACAUAAGAUGUGCCACACAAAUUACCGGCAGCUCAGUCAGUUCCAACAUUUACCCUGGCUUGAACACAUCGGCCAUAAUCACACCUACAAUCAGCCCCAAUGUAUCAGUCAAAGAAAGUUCCCCAAACAGCAUUCAAAUGAGUCUCUGGAGCAUGACGUCCAGAACAAGCUUUCUAGUAGAGAUGAGAAGCAAGCACGUGCCAUGAAAAUUCCAUUUUCCAAUGACCACAUAAUUAACUUGCCUGUGGAGGAGUUCAAUGAGCUACUGGCUAAGCACCGCCUAAGUGAGGAUCAGCUCACACUGAUCAGAGACAUUCGGAGGAGAGGCAAAAACAAGAUGGCAGCGCAAAACUGUCGGCGUAGAAAGCUAGACAUCUUACUGGGCCUGGAGCAUAACGUUAAUGGCUUGCGACGUCACCGCGCCAGACUACUCCGAGAAAAGUCUGAAGUUUCACGCUCAGUCAGAGAAAUGAAGCAACGCCUUAAUGACCUCUACCAAGAAGUGUACAGUCUACUCAGGGAAGAGCAAGGGAUGUUCUGCUCAGUCAAUGACUUUGUGAUGCAACAGGGCAACAGUAGCCACAUGUCAUUCCCCACACACUGCAGUUCACAAUCCAGACGGAAGUCUGGAAAGAGGCAGAAAGAGAAGGAGUGAGGAGGAUGGAUAACCAAUAGUCAUUAAUUAUUCAUUUCUGCAGGCCAGACAAUGUUUUUUUAAAAUAUUAAGGGGAAAACUCUCCAUCACAGUGGAGUCCAGAGGUUUGCUGUAAUUUAGUGGGGGAGUUUAUUUACUCCAAAGGUUUGCUGUAAUUUAGUGGGGAAAAAACACUCAAGACACGAGUUUUGUGAAAAAAUGGCCAGACGUUUUAUGCGGCCCUGGUGAUAAGGAAGGCAACUGUCAGCAUUAACAGUUGUGUGGUUUUAAAGAAGGCAGUUUGUGAAGGUACAAGAGAUCUUAAGUGCGACUUUACCACAGAGCUGGUAAAAUUAUUGGCUAACUCAAUAGUGUUAAAAUUAAACAAAAGCCAAUGAAAAGGAGAGACUCCACAUCCCUGUGUUAGAAGAACAGGAAUGGAAGCCAAAUUGAAAAAGGAAGUGCUUUUCCAGCAAGAGAAGUUGCAAAAUCAGUAUUCUAGUGUUAUGAUUGAAACAUACAAUACCUUACAGUAAUGUGUGCCUCAGUUCACAAGACAUGAUUGUUAUGCACUGUAUUUUAAUCAGUUACAAGACACUACACCUUUUACCUGAAUAACACACAAAUAGGGCCAGACUGAUACAUCUGUUGGGGGCAUCAGAUAAUGCACCAAUAUUUAGUGGUUCAUUUAGUAAUAGGCACUUGUGAUGUGAGGAAAACUUAUAUUAUUGAGCUAACCCAGGUGAUAGCCACAUCCUGCUCAGUUCUAUUACAGCAAUAUUUUAUUAGUUUGAAUAUGUAAAUCUGGGG